AUGAACCUCUCGAAUGUAACUACCUCGGACGAGGGCACAGUAAGGUUCUACCGGGAUGAUGUCACUCUCGCUAUUGGUGUGGUUGGAAUUCUCGUUGGUGGCGCUAUGUUGAGUGUCGGGAUAUUCGGGAACCUCGUCACAAUUUUGUCGAUUCUUAUCAUCAAAUCACUGAGGAAGGCAGAAAAUACAUUUAUCUGCAGUCUAGUGUUUUGUGACUUUCUUAUUCUGACCACAAAUUACAGCCUUCAUUUGUCUGUGUUCGUAAAGAGACGCUGGACGCUAGGAGGACCGGCGUGUAUCUACACCAAGACGGAGAUAAACAUUCUCAUAACGUGUAGUUCGCUGCAUGUUUUCGCCAAUGCGUUCUAUCGUUACCUGAAGAUCGUGCAUCCCAACAAAGCCCCUAUUUUUACCAGGAAGAGGGUAAUGGCGUGUUGUCUUGUAGCACUGUACGCAAUCCCAAUCGCGAUUACGUUGAUGGAUACAAACUUUCAGCUCACUUACAUAUUUGAAGUAAAUAUUGAUUAUGACACAAAAAUAAUGUUCUGCGAAAAACUCACUGAUGGACCUGACACUAAAACGAAGGCACUGGCUUCGACGCUUACUUUUUUAUUGCUUCUGAAUUUAGCACUCUGGUUUUUCUAUGUUCGCAUUAUCAUAAUAAGCAGAAAGUCCCAAAACGCUAUCUCAGUUCAUACUGCAACAAAUGGUCCUGUAGCAGUACGAACACAUAGAAGCAUGCUUAACGAGAGAAAACGGGAUUUCAGAUUAAUGAAGACGAUGGUUGUGAUAAUGUUACUGUACAGUGUAUCAUACCUUAGUCUACCACUUAUGGCUAUCGUCGAUAAGCAGCGUAAGCUAAGUGAGUGGCUUUAUCUUUCGGGGGUGUUAGUUCUUUGGAUGUCUUCGUCGAUUAACUGGAUCUUCUAUGGACUUUUGAACAGACGAUUCAAGCGGGCCUAUUUACUAUUAUUCAAAAGAAUUAGACAUGGUGCCUGUUCCGGUGAUAAGAGAAAUCGCAGAAUUGCUUCAAGUACAUCUGGCAGUAUCCCACGAAGCGGGGAGAUGGUACCCAGUGUGAAUCUAUUGGAAAAUGCACCUGUUCAUGAUGUUUCUGUCAUAACAGUUGCAUCUAAGCCAAGCGAAGAGAUAUCGCCCAUUCCGCCCAACCCCGUUUCUCAAUCGUCCCACCCUGCACCUCAAUCGUCCCAACUUGCACCUCAUUCCUCCCACCCCAUACCUCAAUCGUCUUACCCUGCGCCUCAAUCGUCCCAUCCCGUGCCUCAAUCGUCCCAAUUUGUACCUCAUUUCUCCCACCCUAUACCUCAAUCGUCCCAAUUUGGACUUCAUUCCUCCCACUCCAUACCUCAAUCGUCCUAG